CGCGCGCUGAACUGUUGUUUCGCAUUUUAAUGAGUUAUUUUCUUAAAUUAUCGCAAACAUGAUUGAAAAUGAGGUAGAUGAAGGCAUACCACAGCCUACAAGUGCUGCGUCGGGUCAAAUAAAGGCCAUAGCCAAGGACACUGUGCACAAGAUCUGCUCGGGUCAGGUGGUGCUCAGCUUGGCUGUGGCCAUCAAGGAGUUGGUGGAGAAUUCUAUAGAUGCCGGCGCCACACUAAUUGAGAUUAAGCUGAAAGAGCAAGGCUUGCAGGGCGUGGAAGUUUGUGAUAAUGGCAGCGGCGUUGAGGAAUCCAAUCUGGAGGGCAUGACUGCCAAGUAUCACACCUCUAAGAUACGGGAAUUUGUUGAUCUGCUCGGCGUGGAGACAUUCGGCUUUCGUGGCGAAGCUUUGAGCUCGCUCUGUGCACUCUCUGACAUGACAAUACAGACGCGACACAAGUCCACAAAUGUGGCUCUCAAAAUUGAACUUGAUCAUGAGGGUCGCAUCAAGAAGCGUUCGCCCUGCGCCCGCGGCGUGGGCACAACCGUCAGCCUCAGCAAUCUCUUUGGCACUCUGCCUGUGCGUCGUCGUGACUUCACUCGCAAUAUCAAAAAGGAAUUCAACAAGAUGUGCCAAAUACUGCAGGCCUAUUGUCUAGUCACACGCAAUGUGCGCAUCAUUUGCAGCAAUCAGAGUGCAAAGGGUGCCAAAUCUGUUAUACUACAAACCCAUGGGGCAGCCGAUGUGUUGGCUAACAUUUCGGCCGUAUUUGGAGCACGUCAGGUCGCGGACUUGGUGCCACUCAAAUCACCACUCGAGGCGGGCCAACUGAGUGAGGCGGGUUUGCGUGAGGCGCUACAAACGGCGACCGAUGCAGCCGAAACGACUUGCGUGGAGUUUAAUGCCGAGGAUGUGGAACGGCUCAAUGAGGCGGGCUUUGAGCUGGAGGGUUAUAUUUCCAGCUGUCGUCAUGGAGCAGGUCGUUCCACACGCGAUAGGCAAUUCUUCUUCGUCAACUCAAGGCCCUGCGAGCCAAAGAAUAUAGCCAAAGUCAUGAAUGACAUGUAUCGUCGUUACAAUGUGCAGCAACAGCCUUUUAUAUAUCUCAACAUAGUAACAUCCCGCGCCGAGGUCGACGUCAAUUUGACGCCCGACAAGCGACAGCUGCUGCUCAACAAUGAGCGGAUAUUGCUGCUGGCCUUGAAGAAGUCGCUGCUGGACACCUUUGGCAAUCUGCCAUCCACAUUCCAAAUGCAAAAUGUUUCUAUAGCCAGCAUGCUGGAGCCAAAAAAGAAGACAGAGACCGCCGAAGCAGCAGCAGAUGAAACUGAAACUGAAACUGCAGAGCUUGAUGUGCCCAUUAGCUCGUCGCAGCGGUUCAUGGACGUCUUGAGUCAAUGGCGACGCACAGGCGAUACGAAGGGCAUCGCACCGCCAGCGCCUGUUAAGCGACGCGCGGAUGAAACAGCUGAGAUAAAUGCGCGCACUAUGAAGCUGCAAAAAAUACAGGAUUUCCUUUCACAGGAGACGACCCAAGCGAUUAGCUACAAAAGCGAAUCGUCGGAGGAGGAGCAGGAGGUGCAGCAGGGCGCUGAGAAGCCACAGAAAUCGCUGGACAGCAGCUUAGUCAGCUUAAAGCAGCUCAAGCAAGAGUCGCUGGCUUAUGAUGAGCUAAUGCAACCUGGUAAUGUGACACCGCUCAAGAGUCGAUUGAGCAUAGCGGAGGCUAAGCCAGCAGUUGCGUCGCCUGCUGAGAAGGAGUCGGAGGAGCAGCUGCUUGAGGUUCAUGCAAAAGCUGAUAUUGCCAGCGAAUCCUCCAAGAGAGAAGACCACUUGGAAGCUGUAAUCACUUCCUCUCAGGCAACUAACGAGACCUCCUCCACCUCAGAACCCUCCACUGCCUCUCAGCCAACAUCCGAGUUCUGUCAACUCCCCCCAUCUCAGUCGGCCAUCGAGUACAGUGAUGAUGAAAUUGAAAUGCCUAAACGCAUCGAAUUCGAUGGCAACAGCGAUUCGGAUACGUCACCGCCAAACGUAGCCAGCGGCGAGCUACGCACCACAUUGGAGCAAAUCCGAGCCAGCUUGCAGGCGCAAGAGAAGCAGCAUGUGGAGCGCAAGCGCUCGGCCAAGCUCCAGCGUUUGCGCUUCAAGAGCGAAAUCAAUCCGAAUCAGAAUAAAAAUGCGGAGGCCGAGCUGCAGAAGGAAAUAACCAAAGCGGAUUUCAAGCGCAUGCAAAUCAUUGGACAAUUCAAUCUGGGCUUCAUCAUUGUGAAGCUGGAGGAUGAUCUCUUCAUAGUGGAUCAGCAUGCAGCCGAUGAGAAAUACAAUUUCGAGAUGCUGCAACGCAACACGCAACUGGAGCACCAGCGUCUCACCGUGCCACAGGCACUGGAGCUGACGGCUGUCAAUGAAAUGAUAUUGCAGGAUCAUUUGUCGGUGUUUGAAAAGAAUGGAUUUAAGUUUGAGAUAGAUGCAGAGGCACCACCCACACGAAAGAUACGUUUGCUGGGCAAACCCUUCAGCAAGAACUGGGAGUUUGGCAAAGAGGACAUUGAUGAGCUGAUAUUCAUGCUACAGGAUGCGCCAGAGGGCACAGUCUGCAGACCUUCCAGGAUACGCGCCAUGUUCGCCUCGAGAGCGUGUCGAAAAUCUGUUAUGGUUGGCAAAGCGCUCAAUCGGACAACCACCAUGAGGAGGCUCAUCACACAGAUGGGCGAAAUUGAACAGCCCUGGAAUUGCCCGCACGGCCGCCCCACCAUGCGUCAUCUAAUCAAUAUCACGAUGCUUAUGGAUGAGGAUGAGGCCGAAUGACAACGACGCCGCCAAACGAAUCACUGGAAGCCGCAAUAAAACCAGCUACAGCCAAC